AUGUCUUGCCACAACUGCUCUGCAAACUAUAGCUUGGGAUCCCUCAGAGGUCCCUGCCAUAUUCCUCUCACCUCCUCCAUUGUCCUCUGCUCUACGGGUAUGAGCUGUGGUGAUGUCCUCUGCUUGCCUAGGAACUGUCAAGACCAUCUCCAGCCUCCGGACAACUGCCAGGAGAGCUGCAGUGAACCAACCAGUUGCCAGCCAGCCCACUGUGAUCCCAGCAACUGUGAAACAUCUUGCUGCCCUUCUACUACUUAUUACGUGUCCAGACCCUGCCAUGGAACUUCUUUUCUUCCUGCUGCUUCUUAUAUCUCUGGCUCCUGCCUCCCCACGUCCUAUAGACCUCUGAGCUAUGUGUCCAGCAGCAGCCGACCCCUGAGUCUCCUCACUUAUGGAUGCCGCCCUGUGGGUUUUUUGCCCUGUGGUCCUCAACCACUGAGCAUUGUGCCCAGCAGCCUCAGACCUCUGCAUCCUGUUUUCGCUGGAUGCCAGCCCCUGAGCCACGUGUUCAGUACUUGCCGUCCAUCUUGCUCUGCGCUGGGAGGCCAGUAG